AUGUGGUCAACGAUGAGAUCUGGACGCAUAGAGCAAAAGCAGCGGCAGCGGUGCUGUUCAUGCUGCUGCUGUUCAUAUUCAGGAAAAAUACCGUGGUUGGAAGAAGAGAAUGGAGUUCCGUUUGAUCCGACAAAGAAUCGUCAAGAUUCAUGUUUGAAUCAUUUCUUGAGAACAAGUUGUAAGGCUUAUGUCUUAUGUCUGUUUCUUAAACUGAUUAUUACCCUUUUAGGCUCAUGUGAGAGGACAUCAAGUGAGGAAACAAUACAGAUCCAUUAUCUGGUCUGUAAGAUUACUCGAGAAGAUCAUCUUGCGGUGGAGGCGUAA